GUAUUGUCUUCCCUCCCUUUUUUCUUUUUUUUCUCCCUCUCUCUCUUCAACUUUUAUAUACCUGCCUCAUUGCUGACAUUAUGAAUCUAUAUGCAAAGCAUGCGACACUCAUUAAUAACUGUUAUCCCGAGAAAGAAGGCGAAAACAAGCCAAGAGCUUCCGAACUUAGUUAUUUAGUAUUCUAUGCAAGCUCAAGGCCAGUCAAGCUUACUAAAGUUGGAGUCUUUCUUGAAAAAAAAGUAGAAAAAGAUGCGUCAAGAGGCAGAAAGCAAAAUAAUCAUGUGACACUAGACAUUAUUAAAUCACUGGUACAUUCAUGUCAUCGAGACCUGAAUCUGUUUUCAAAAUAUGUUGUAAAGAUUAUUCAAAUGAUGCUUCAGACAAAGGAUAUUGAAUUGAUAGAUCAUGCAUGUCAAGUGUUUGUUGCGUUUACAGAAUAUCAUGAUGGAUCUACCUUGGGCGUUGAUUCUGAUUUUACAAAUGAUUAUGAAGCACUUUUGAGUAAAUUUGCUGAAUUUUGCUCAUUUGAUUCAACGAAUGAAUUACUUAAAUUACAAAUGAGAUACAGUGGUCAGCGUUCGUUACAGGCGGCAGUAACAUCAAGUGCUCUUCAAGUUUCAAAUUAUAAGGCACAGCUCGAUUUAAUCCUAAAUCCUCUCAUUGUGACUUUAUCCAAUACAACCAAUCCCGCAGAUGCGUUAGCCCAGAGCAACGAAAAUGCUGAUAUACGGCAAUCUGCCAUUAGCCAUGAAACACUCAAUUCACACAGCAUUGAUAUCCUGGCUGCGAAGACCUUUGCCCUUCUUUUUAGCAAGGCAAAUGGUAUAGCUCUUAAACAAUCGCUUGCACCCAUAUUUCUUUAUGUUAACGAGAAACACGCAUGGUGGCCGUCUAAUUUCAUUGUAUCAAUGAUAAAACUAGUCCUGCACUCGCUCCAGCCUCAAUAUAGCUACCUUUUAGUAUCUGAAGUUGUUCAACAGUUGAGUAAUACCAAGGCUGAAAAUGAAGAAUGCCUUAAAAAAAGAGCAUCACUUGUAUCCUCCUUGGAUGCCAUUCUCAAUGCCAAUGUUCCUCUAGUAGGGAUCUCUGUACUUGAAGUUCUCAGCUCCCUCUUUACCCAACUUACUCUCUCGCUUAAUGACAGCGGCCAGAAAUUUUUGGAAUCAAAGCCUAGCAAUGAAAUAGAUGCUCUGCACUACUCUAUUCAUCAUGGUCUAGUUUGCAGUAUUGGCGGGUUAGCCUCACAGACAUACUAUGUCAAUCAGCUGAACGACAUUACAGCCUUCAUUGUCUCUAAAAUUCGCAUAAAUAACAACGGGUCAGAUACAGUAGACGAACUACCUAUUGUAGAAUAUAGAAAGGCAGCUAUCAAAUGCUUACAGUGCGUUGUUAUUAGCUCAAUAAAGAAGACUGAAAAAGAUGACACAGAAAGCGAAAAUGCAUUUUCCUACAAGCAUUCUAUCAACCUUGAUACAUUCAUUCCAAUCGUAUGCUUGCUAUUAGACGACUCUGCAGAAACAAGAACCGAGCUCGCAUACAUGUUUGUAAGCUACUUUGACGCAACAGCAGAAACAGAUAUCGGUCUAAGUCCUUAUCCCAAGCAUACAUUAACACAUCAGGGAGACAUUAGCCUUGUUGACACCAUUUAUCAAACUAUCCUGGACUGGGUUCAGCUUCCCACUAUAGAAGUACAAGAUAUCCUAGCUAUUAACAAAUUACUUGCAGCACUCACUCGCCGUUUCGGUGCGGACGCAACCAUCAGAGCAGUUCCUCUUGUAUUCGAGAUCCAGUCACUCGUCAAGCAGACGGUGAUCAAGACGACAUCACGACAAAGAGCGGUUGCUGCUCUCGUCGUUGAGUGGUUACUGAUGGUUGCUGAGUUUUAUAGUAUUGAUAGUCUUUACGAAUACAUGCAAACGUUAAAAACAGAGCGUAUCGACAGUGGCGAGUACUCUGUUAUUUUCUUGCAGGAUACCAGCGUCGAUACCAUUGAUGAGCUUGAAUCCGAGAACAAGAAUAUCGUGGAUAAAUUUAUUGACAGAAAGCAAGUAGUUGAUCUCUUAUCAAAGGAUGGCCCUCUUAGGGACGAGGAAGAUACGGAUGGAACUGAGCUUGAAGCCAAGUUAAAUGCCGAUUGGGAUGUGAAUACGACAGAAAACCACAGCUCUACAUUCAGAAUUAGAACUUCGCGUAAUCUGAGUGACUUGAAAGCUAAACUGGUAACUCCUUGGUCAAGCAAUACUGAAAUAGCACCCAAUGAUCAAGAAAAGAGGAAAACCAUCAAGGUAGAAAACUUAAAAGAGGUCUUAAUAGGUCAAUCUCUUUCAGAAGGCACAUCAUUGGAUUCGAUGAGCUAUGAUUGCCUGUCAAAAAAGUCUGCAGACCCAUUUAUGGAUAUGAGCUCUCUUCUUCAGUCGAUUUCUUCUGGAAACAGUGAAUCUAAACCAUCCACUCUAUUUAACCCACCUUAUAAGCUAUAAAACUUUAUAAUAAAAGCUUGAAUCAGAUUCUAAUGCGUGACUGUACAUAUUUUAAAACUUCAAAUGGCACAUGCCCUUAUUUUGCCCCCCUUUCUGAAUUUUAAAUUCUUGAAAAUAACAAUUGACGUUUCCGCCGCUGAACAUGCAGCCAUUACAGGAGUUUUUGGUUCUGCUGUCAGUAUCCAAUGGUGUCUUUUCCAUGUCAGCAGAUCUUGGAUGGAUCAAAUCCGCAAGAGAGUCAAG